AUGGCACCGGGACAGGCGCCUGCAUUCACGGAAGAAGAAGGAGGCUGGUCCGCCUACAAGGUACGCUUGGAAGCAUACUUUCAAGCACAGGAAAUCACAGACGAGGCAAAACAACGAGCCCUGCUGGUGGCGGCUCUGUCCAAUGGUGCCGUCAAAGUACUUCAGGGACGAUGCCACCCCAAAAGCGUGAACGACCUCACCUACAGCGAUGUCAUCAAGCAUCUGCAGAGCCACUACGAGCCUCAGGUCAACGAAACAGCAGCCAGCUACCGAUUCUUCACGCGCACACAGGCAGAAGGUGAGCGAUUGCGGGAUUUUGUAGCCGCCCUUCGCCGCAUGGCCGAAGACUGCAAUUUCGGCGACAUGUGGCACCGCAUGCUGCGGGACCGCAUUGUAUGUGGUGUUCGAGACGACGACGUAAGACGUCUGUUGUUGACCCGCGGUUCCCUGACUUUGAAGGAAGCAGAAGACUUCGUAAUGGCUGCUGAGGCCGCCACGGAAAACGCGCAGCACAUGCAGCCACUGCCCUCCCCGGUAGCCGACACAACGAAUUUUGUCCGGCCGGGCCUCUCACGUUCGAAGUCGAAGAAAGCAAGUGGGCUAUCUCGCGAUGAGCAUCGGCCUUGCACCCGCUGUGGUGCAUCCUCGCACCAAGCGGAUGAUUGUCGUCAUCUCCAAACAGUGUGCCAUCGAUGCCGGAAACGCAGCCACUUGGCACGAGUGUGUAGAGCGUCGGACGAAGACACUAAUCAGAGGCAACAAGCGAACGCCCUUUUGCAGGACGCACAAGAGAGUUCGGAGGACUGCGAAGCUUUAUACACGCUGACUGCGCAUCAAGUGAUGGACAGCGCGCACGUAAAGCCUAUUUUGCGCCAGAUAAGUUGGAACGGAGUGCCGCCUACGAUGUUGGUAGACACGGGUUCGCCUGUGAGUGUUAUUCCGCGGUCAGUGUUCGAGCGACACCAAGGCGAAUGGCCACGUUUGCAAGCCACAACAAUGAAGCUGUCGUGUUUCAAGGCACCACUUCCUAUCAACGGAAAAUUGCAACUCAAUGCGACCAUGAGUGACGCGACCAUUCAGGCCGAACUUUUCGUCAUCGACUGUCCGGGACCGAUGCUUUGCGGCCGUGACACCAUCCGCAGCUUCAAUACGGCAGGCGUGCCGGUACUCACUGGAAACGAGGUGGCGUGUGUUCAGGCGGAAAAUGCGGACAGAAUGGUGGAAACCAUGCUAUCAAAGUACAGUGAUGUCUUUCCUCCGGGUUUGGGUUUGCUCCGAGGGCCACCGGUACACCUGACCGUCAAAGAAGGCGCAAGACCCCGGUUUUGUAAGGCGCGGACGGUGCCGUAUGCGCUCAAACAAAUGGUAUCAGCAGAGUUAGAUCGACUGGUAAACGAAGGGGCGUUAUCACCGGUAAAUCGGCCGAAUGGGCCACACCCGUGGUGCCCGUAG